GACUAUGUUCAGCUUCAGAUUCUUCCUGCGUACUCCCUUGGCUACUGUACUCACAAGCCAUGCAAAGGUAGUGAAGCAAGUGAACGUACUUUCUAAGUCGAGAAUGCUCGGGCGAGACCGAAGCGGUACAAUCGUUCGAAUGCAAGUGAGGGCUGCUUGCGCAAUGAUAGAGUGGACCACACGAUGUCAGCCGUGCCCCAUGCUCGACCUGGGCAGGCUACCCUGAGUAGAGGCUUUUGUGUACCGACUUUGCCAUCGCCGCUCAAUCACGGUCAUGUUCCACGGAAUAUCUUUAGCGCUCAAAGAGGCACCCUUGCCCGUAGCCGCCUGGGGAUGUGCCAGAGAUGUGCCGAUUUUUACGAAACCUGCCGAGAAGCAGAUUUUAUUCUCUUCCUGAUCUCG